CACCUCUCUGCGUUUCUGAUGCUGCUUGUGGUUAGUAAGCAUUCUUACACAACCACCAGGUAAAGAAUCCAGACAGCACAUCCAAGUUACAUAAUCAGCUGACAAUAGUCACCUGACACACGGAACGUACUUCUCCCACCCUCCUCCUUCCUUCUGCCACAUCCUUUUCUCUUAUUCACUUCAACAUGCAGCAAAGAAAAAAGAAAACAAACAAACAAAAAAAGAAGAAGAAGAAAAAAACAGACAAACCAUCAACCCUUUCUCUGCCGAUUGGAACUCUUCUCCCCAUCAUCUAUUCCCUCUGAGAAGAUAUUCUUUUCCCAUCGCCGUCAUUGAAGCGUCAACAUGGGCGAAGAAGUAUCCACCAAAGAGCUUGCGGCCUCCGUCUUCAGCCAGUCACGCCUCAUGUCCACUCGUCUGUCUGUCCGAGAAGGACAGGAAAGCAACAAAUUGUUCUUGCAUCAGUUGGACAAGGAUGACGACAACGACGACAACGACGACAACGACAACAACAGCCUUUACUCUGACACUGACGAGCUUUUUCAACAGCUGAAGCACACCUUCCCGACCGAGAAUGACUCUGUCAUGACUGUACGCUGCUGGAUCGCCUCUCUCAUGUCACGCCGCGGCCUGUGCCCUGGUCCAAAGUUUAUGCUCCCGUGGACCGGCCGCGAGUUGCACCACCCAUCACUGGACUUUGCCUACGUAGUCAAGGUAUUCAAGUUCUACGGCGUGGACGACGUGAGCGUCAAGUUCCUUGUCAAGGAUCUUGUAAAGUGCCGCGAGGUAACAGCUUGCCCCCUCCCCCUCCUUUUGCUCCCUCCCUCCCAUUCAUUCCCUUAUUCCUUCCUUGCCUGAUCAGACAAGUCGUUUGUUUUCUGACAGCCGUGGCACGGCAGGAGUAUCAGCGUCGACGCC